AAAGAAACAGCAAAAUCAGUUUUGGAAGUGAUGAAAAAUAAAAAACAUUGUGAGACAUUUUUUCAGAAAAAUGUAAUUUGAAAAAAAAAUAAGUGUGAAAUUUAUUGACUGAAGAAAAUAUUUUUGGGGAGAAAUACGAGUGCUGAAAGAUUUUGAAAUGAAUUUUUCCCGAGGAAACAUGAAGUCAAAUUCAAUUUGGAUUUCACGAUUAUUGAAGUGUACAAUUGUUUUAUUACUUUUUAGGGGAAAUUAUUGUUUGACCUUCACGGGUAAUUUGUCGAAUGUUUUUGUGGAAAAGUGCCGAAGAGAUUGUGCAAUUCAAAAAGACGCGGUUGUGUGCGGUCGUUAUCGAGUUGUCAGGUGGUUACAGGAUGUGAAAGAGAAGGAAUUUAAUUAUGGACCCUUUAGUGUUAUUAAGGUACCAUCGUUAAAUGGGGAAACAAUUUUUCCCCGAUUACCACGAAUUAAUGACACUCGAAGUGGUUUAAUUGAUACCUUAAGUUUCGUUCGAGAUGCCGCCGAGGAUAUGUUAACCAAGCGUGCUCUAGUGUAUACAAUUGAGUAUUCUCCAGGUGCAAGAAGCCUCACUUCCGGUCCCAUCGUUCUCGAUGACGAUGAAUUCAAGAAAAUGACUCUUUCAAAAAAAGGAGAGGAACGAAUUUUUCACAAGAAGAAGAAACACAUUAUUCUGCCAAUAUUAAUUCUGCUGAAUCUCAUCAAAUUGAAGUUACUUUUAUUGCCUAUAUUUUUGGGGGUACAUUUUAUCAAGAAGAUUCUUGUAAUCGGCUCAUUAUUGCUCCCCUCAAUACUUUCUCAUCUAAAAAUUUGUAAAGUUCCUCAUUAUCCUGUUCACCAGGCCUGGGCCACUGCUGCCGAAGCUCCUGUCGAUUAUCCAACAGGAUAUGGCCAUGAAGAAUCACCUUGGAUUCACAGAAACGAUGCUCAAAGUCAUAUUUACUCUGGAUACCAUGCUGGAUACUCCAAUCCUUAUUCAGGAUAUUAUCAAGGAUAUAGACAACGUCGGUGAUUAAUUAUAAUAAAAUGUAUAUUUGAGUGAUUAUUUUAUUUCUUUAUAAAGCAUGAUUAAUUUAAUUAAUUAC